AUGAAACGCGACAAGAAGGAUGAGGAGGCCGGUGGGAACAUCUAUGCCAAUCUCGAUAAAACUUCUGUCAUCCAAGAGACUCGCGCUUUCAAUGAAACUCCAAUCAAUAUUCCAAAAUGUCGUGGUGUGCUCACAAAACUACUCUACUUGCGCCUUCAGGAAGAAUCGAUCGGACGCGCCGAAGCCACCCGGGCAUUCUUCGCGAUCACGAAAUUGUGGCAAACAAAAGACGUGACGAUUCGUUGUCUCAUCUAUCUCGCGAUCAAGGAAUUGUCGACAGCAUCGGAUGAUGUGAUUAUCGCCACACAAAGUUUAAUGAAAGAUAUGACUGGACGAGAGGAUCUCUAUCGUGCGCGUGCGAUCCGUGCCCUCUGCAAGAUUAUCGAUGCAGGAAUGUUGCAAACCAUUGAGCGGUACAUGAAACAAGCAAUCGUCGAUCGGAAUGGAUCGGUUUCUUCGGCGGCUCUUGUUUCUUCAAAUCAUAUGAUGCGACAGAGUGCUGAGAUUGUCCGUCGUUGGGCCAACGAAGUACAAGAAGCCGUUUCAUCGGACAAUCAAAUGGUUCAAUAUCACGCCCUUGGAUUGCUCUACAAGAUUCGCAGCAAUGAUAGACUUGCCGUGAACAAGCUAGUGCAGAAGUUUUCAAAAUCAGGACUUCGUUCUCCGUACGCUGUUUGCUAUUUGAUUCGCAUUGCCACAAAACUCCUCGAAGAAGAUGAUCAAGCUGAUUCGGCUCUUUUCCAAUUUAUCGACACUUGCCUUCGUCACAAGAGUGAAAUGGUUGUCUAUGAAGCAGCUUCAGCUAUUGUCUCUCUGCCGAAUACUACACCGAAAGAACUUGCCCCCGCAAUCUCCGUUCUUCAAUUGUUCUGCUCUUCUCCAAAGCCAUCUGUUCGUUUUGCGGCUGUGCGAACGCUGAACAAAGUAGCCAGCAAACAUCCACAAUCAGUCACUUCAUGCAAUGUGGAUCUCGAAAAGUUGAUCACGGAUCCUAAUCGUUCAAUCGCCACUCUUGCAAUCACGACGCUUCUCAAGACAGGUGCUGAGAGCUCUGUUGAACGACUCAUGAAACAAAUCAGCGGUUUUGUUUCAGAGAUUUCCGAUGAAUUCAAGAUUGUGGUUGUUGAGGCCAUUCGUUCAUUGAUUGCUCGUUAUCCGCGCAAACACACCGUGAUGAUGCCCUUCUUGACAAAUAUGCUUCGCAAUGAUGGAGGAUUCGACUACAAAAAAGCUAUCGUUGAGACAGUGAUUGCUAUUGUGGAGGAAAAUCCGGAUGCUCGAGUAGCUGGUCUUGCUCAAUUGUGUGAAUUCAUCGAGGAUUGUGAACAUCCAUCGUUGGCAACUCGUGUUCUUCAUCUACUUGGACGGGAAGCACCGAAGACGCCAAAUCCUCAAUCUUACAUCCGUUUUGUCUACAAUCGAGUCAUUCUAGAGUGCACACAGGUUCGUGCCGCUGCUGUGACGGCCUUGGCUAAAUUUGGCGCUCAAGUUGCCGAACUGCGUCCAUCAAUUGAAGUACUUCUACGUCGUUGUUUGCUUGACUCAGAUGAUGAAGUACGCGAUCGAGCAACUUUCUAUUUGUAUAUGCUUCAACAGAGCUCUCAAAUCAUCAACAACUUCAUUCUUGAUCAGCUACAGGUGUCCCCAAUCGGUUUGGAGAAGUCUCUGGGUGCCUAUGUGGAGGAGAAGAAAUUCGACAAGCCUUUCGACAUGCGAGUGGUUCCAAUUGCAGCUCAACCGAUCACACACACCGAGAAGCCUAAACCGAAGUUGGCCGAUCCCGAGGAUCUCAAGCCAAAAGCACCAAAGAAACCAGAGCAUUCAGAGCGUCUUGGUGCUCUUCCUCAAUUGGCUCAACUCGGUCCACUUUUCCACUCGUCUUCCAACAUUCCACUCAACGAUUCAGUUUCCGAGUACACCGUUCAAAUGAUCAAGCAUACCUUCACAAAUCACAUCGUUUUACAAUUCGACUGCCGCAAUACGGUGGAAGAUCAACGAUUGGUAGAAGUGGCCGUUGUAUUGGAGGAGCAGGGUGAUGAGCCCGAAUGGCAAAUCACUGAUCGAAUUGAUAUCGACGCUUUACCCUAUGGAGAAACUCGAAGUGCCUAUCUCGUCUUGGAGUAUCCUGAUUCAGGCGCUGUUGUUGGACAAUUCGAGUGCUCGUUGAAGUUCAAAGUUAAAGAUGUGGAUCCAAAAACGGGAGAACCCGAAUCUGAUGAUACUUAUGAUGAUCAAUAUGUUUUGGAAGAAGUGGAUAUCGGCGUUUCGGAUUCAGUGCAACCCCUUGUACGACAGCAUUUCAACGCUGGUUGGGAGAAAUUAGAGGGAGCCGCUGAGAUUGAUCAAACAUUUGCCCUUUCGUCCGUUUCGACUCUCGAAGAAGCAAUCAAGAAAGUCUCCGAAUUGUUGGGCGUGGCUGCAUGUGAACGAUCGGAUCUGGUGCCCGAAGGAAAAAGCAAUCACCAAGCACUCCUUGCCGGCGUUUUCCGCGGGGGGCACGAGGUUUUGGUAAAAGCAAAGGCGGCGAUCGAUCCAACUGAUGGAACAAUUAACAUGAACAUUGUGAUUCGAUCGGAUGAUGAUGGAGUGGCGGAUGUUCUUGGAAGUGCCCUCAAU